UUAAUAUUUGCUGAAUAUUCAUAAUCACAAAAAGCAAUGUUGAUUGUAUUAUAAUUUUUUUUUAAAUCAUCAAAUAAAUUAUUUAUUAUUUUUAGAUUUUAACCUUUCUAUUAUAAUUAUUUAUUAAAUUCAGUAUAUUUUUAAGUGUUCAAAAUAAGCAUAUCUUGUUAUUCACAUUUAUAACAGAUGGUUUGUAAUUAUUAUUUACGUUAAGAUUUUUAACUACCGAUAACCACUAAAAAUAUUUUGCUUCAAAAUGAGGACAGCUCUUAUGGUUGCUGAAAAGCCAUCUCUGGCUUCUUCCUUGGCUAAUAUCUUAAGUAACGGCCGAAGUAGUUCAAGGAAAAGUAUGAACUCAGCUUGUCCCGUACAUGAAUGGUCUGGUAUAUUUUUUGGUGAACCAAUCAUUUUUAAGAUGACUUCAGUUUGUGGUCAUGUUAUGACCUUAGAUUUCAAUAGCAAGUUUAAUAAUUGGGAUAAAGUUGAUCCAGAAGAACUUUUUUCUUGUCCUACUGAAAAAAAAGAAGCAUCACCUAAAUUACGUAUACCAGCAAUGUUGGCCACUGAAGCAAGAGGUGUAGAUUAUUUAGUACUAUGGCUUGAUUGUGACAAAGAAGGAGAAAACAUAUGUUUUGAAGUCAUUGAUGCUGUAAAGAAUUCUAUGAAACGCUCGAAUGAUAUUACUAGAAUUUGGAGAGCGAAAUUCUCAGCUAUUACUCCUAAAGACAUUAAAGCAGCAAUGGAUAGAUUACAUUUUCCAAAUAAAAAUGAAGCUAUGAGUGUUGAUGCUAGACAAGAAUUAGAUCUUCGAAUUGGUUGUUCGUUUACUCGAUUUCAAACUAAAUAUUUUCAGGGAAAAUAUGGAGAUUUAGAUUCAUCUUUAAUUUCAUAUGGUCCUUGUCAAACUCCUACUUUAGGAUUUUGUGUUCAGAGGCAUGAUGAAAUUCGUAGAUUUAAACCUGAGCCUUAUUGGGUCAUUCAAAUAACAAUACAAUCCAAAGAAGGGCAAGAUGUUGUUCUUAAUUGGGAAAAGGGAAGAUGUUUUGAGCGAGAUACAUCUAAUAAUUUACUUCAAGCAUUAAAAAAACAACAAGUGGCCACUGUUGUUUCUGUAACACAGCAAGAAAAGACAAAACAACGUCCUUUAGCUCUGAAUUCUGUUGAACUAAUGCGAGCAGCUAGUACUGGAUUGGGAAUGGGUCCCCAUCAUGCAAUGCAAAUAGCUGAACGACUUUAUACUCAAGGUUACAUUAGUUAUCCAAGAACUGAAACUACUCAUUAUUCUGAUAAUUUUGAUUUACAUGGUGCUGUAAGAACUCUUCAAAAAAGUUCAGAAUGGGGCUCAGAAAUAAGACAAGUGUUGAGCAGUGGUUUAACACGACCAAGAAAUGGUAAAGACUGUGGUGACCAUCCACCAAUUACUCCUACAAUGUUGGCAUCACGGAAUGAACUUGAUGGAGAUUCUUGGAAGUUAUAUGAUUUUAUUGCUCGCCAUUUUGUGGCAACAAUAUCAAAAGAUUGUAGAUUUUAUUCCAAAACUGUUACAUUUAAAAUUGGGACAGAAACAUUUACAUAUAAUUGGCGUACUUUAAUUGAUGCUGGAUUUACAGCAAUUACGCCUUGGAAAGCUAUACCUAAAAAUGAAUUAGCUGUGAAUUUUGAAUGUGAUGAAAAAUUGAACAUUAAAGAUGCAAGACUUACAGAUCACAUGACAACUCCACCAGGAUAUCUUACUGAAUCUGAAUUAAUUUCUAUGAUGGAAAAACAUGGAAUAGGAACUGAUGCUUCUAUUCCAGUUCAUAUUAACAACAUUUCACAAAGAAAUUAUGUUACUGUAGCUUCUGGGCGAAGACUUGUACCUACAAAUCUAGGUAUUGUUUUAGUACACGGAUAUCAAAAGAUUGAUAAACAAUUGGUUGAACCAACCAUGCGCUCUACUAUUGAAGAUCAAUUAAAUUUAAUUGCAAAAGGAGAGGCUAAUUAUGAACGAGUCCUUAGACAAACAAUUGAAGCUUUUCGACAAAAGUAUUUAUAUUUUGUAAAAUCCAUUGAAGCUAUGGAUUCUCUAUUUGAAGUAUCAUUUACAACUUUAGCAGCUACAGGAAAAGCCCUUUCGAGGUGUGGAAAAUGUCGUCGUUAUAUGAAACUAAUUUUAGCUAAACCAUCUCGCUUACAUUGUUCACAUUGUGAUGAGACCUAUAAUUUACCUCAAAAUGGAAAUAUAAGAAUCUACAAGGAAUUAAAAUGCCCAUUGGAUGAUUUUGAACUUGUUACAUGGUCAACUGGUACAAAAGGACGAAGUUACCCAUUAUGUCCAUAUUGUUAUAAUCAACCAGCAUUUCGUGAUAUGAAAAAACAUAGUGGUUGUAAUCUAUGUCUUCAUCCUACUUGUCCUCAAGGUUUUUAUGUAAAUGGUAUUGCUAGUUGUCUUCAGUGUGAUAAUGGUGUAUUAGUACUUGAUCCAUCAUCUGGACCUAAAUGGAAAGUUGGUUGCAAUAGAUGUGAUGUAAUAUUUCAUUUAUUUGAAGAUGCCCACAAAAUUACUGUUGAAAAUAAGGCAUGUGAUUGUGGAGCACAGUUGUUAAAAAUUGAAUAUAAAGAGGAACGAACCCGUUUGCCUCGGGAUUUAAUUGAAAUGACUGGAUGUCUCUUCUGUUGUUCAGAAUUUAGUUAUUUAGUUGAAAAAUUCAGAGCUCAAGCAUCUAAACCAGUAUUUAAUAGUCGUCAAGGUAGAGGACGCGCUAAGCAUAAGGGUAAAGGUAAACCAAAGCCUCCCAAGGAUAAGAUGGCUCAAUUGGCUUCCUAUUUUGUGUAAAUAAUAAAACUAAUAGAUCUUUUGAUAACCUAUUAAAUUUUUGUAAAAUAUAAAUUUAUUUCUAAAUAAAACAUAUUUAAAUCACUUACAACAUAUAACUAAGGCCUAAAAAAUUAAAAUUAAUCAUAACAAACUAUUAAUGAAUCUCAAUUAUGUUUUUAUUUCAAACAGUAAUUAUAUGAACUAAAAAAUAGAAUUAACUCUUAAGAGGUCUUUAAAAUUCUAAUUUAAUAAGCUGCUAGAAAAAAUAGUUGAAAAAAUAUUUCAAAUGUUCCUAAUUUAUUUAUAAAUUAUAUGUAAUUAAAUAGCCAUUGUCAUGACAUUUUAAUGUUUUGCUAAAGAGGUUACGUAUUUUUUUCAUAUUUAUAACAAUUUAAUUUUUGAUAAUGUAAUAAUAUUAAAAAUAAGAGCAUAAUUAGAGUGAUAUUGUGUGUUACUUUUCUUUAAAAACAUAUUAAUUUUAUUAUUUAAAAUAAUUUGAUUGAAACUGUGUGUGUUACACUUAUUAAAAAAACUUAUUAUUUAUUAUUUUUCUUUGUUUACUUCUUGCCAUUUUAUUUAUUAGGUAUUUGUAGAUUUUAAGUUGUGUAAUAUUCUUUCAACUAAUGUAUACUUUAAAGUUCUGAUACUUAGAAAUGAUUAACAUGCACUCAAUAAGUGUUUUCUUGUAACUUUAUCUUUAUCUAGCUAUUUUAAUUUUAUUUUCUAUUUAGUUUUAACACAAAAAAUGAAUGUGAUAUAUUAGUCUAUUUUCAAUGCAUGUGGUAUUCUGUGUAACUAAUUAAUCUUUAAGUCAAUAAAUGACAAAAUAUUAUUUCUUUAUAAUAAAAUGAAGCUUGCAUAGAAUAUAAUACCUAUUUUGUGUAAAUGUAACUAAUUUUAAUAUUAUUAUAAAUAGAUAUCAUUGCCAAUUUGUAUUUUUAUUUUAAGAAAAAAAAAUUAAUUGAUAUCAAAAAACAAAAACAUUACUUUUGUUUAUAAAAUUUUAUGACACUAAUAAAUUAAAAAACUUGUUUUUAUUAUAA